AAAAAAAAAAAAAAAAUCCAGGAAGUAGUCUCAUUUGCUUUUUCAUACGUUUGUGCCUUGCUCAAUAAGUCAGUGUUCUCUGCAAUCUCCAUUUAUACUCUCCUCCUUUCUCUUUUCACCCUUCACAAUUCGCAAAUUUCACUGCAAAAUCUCUCUUUCUCUCUCCUCUUCAACCUUAAUCAACAAUGGAGGAUCUCGGUCUCAACGCCCCUCAUUCCAUGGGAACCACCAUUAUUGGCGUCACUUACAAGGACGGUGUUAUUCUCGGCGCCGAUUCUCGUACUAGCACAGGUGUUUAUGUUGCGAAUCGUGCAUCGGACAAGAUCACUCAACUUACUGAUAAUGUUUAUGUUUGUCGUUCUGGAUCGGCUGCAGACUCCCAGAUUGUAUCUGAUUAUGUACGAUAUUUUCUUCAUCAGCACACGAUACAGUUGGGACAGCCUGCUACUGUCAAAGUUGCUGCUAAUCUUGUCAGACUAUUAUCAUAUGGAAAUAAGGACAUGCUACAAACAGGCAUGAUUGUUGGAGGAUGGGACAAAUAUGAAGGAGGUAAAAUAUAUGGAAUUCCACUUGGUGGAACAAUCAUUGAACAGCCUUUUUCCAUUGGAGGAUCUGGCUCCUCGUAUCUGUAUGGAUUUCUUGAUCAAGCGUGGAAAGAUGGAAUGACCAAGGAGGAAGCUGAGGAUCUAGUGAAGAAAGCAGUCUCCCUUGCCAUUGCCCGAGAUGGUGCCAGUGGUGGCGUCGUUCGAACUGUCAUUAUCAAUGAAGAGGGAGUGACCAGAAAUUUCUACCCAGGUGACCAACUUCCACUAUGGCAUGAAGAAUUGGCGCCACAAGAUUCCUUGUUGGAUAUAUGGGGAACUGCUGCAAGCCCCGAGCCCAUGACCACCGAAUAGACCUAGCUUUAAACAUUCAUGCAAACUUGAAAUUUCGAAUGCCUAAAUGUAUGGGUUGACAGUCUGAAGUCGUAAAACAACAGUGUUUGUAGUAUUCAGCCCUAACAGCUUUAGAUUUGUUCAAAGGGUUUGGAAGCAAACAUUCAUCCUAUUUGGCGGCCUUAGCUUUUGGGUAUGGCCCUUUGUUUUGGAAAUGGGAAGCUCUCAUAUGCAUGGAUGUCUCUCCCUCUUUAAAAAAUUAUGAUAAUUUCGUCGGCUAGGCAUGGGGUUAGGCUAUGCAUACUAUAUAAUAGAUUCCUCUCCUUUUCCUUCCUUUACUAAUAACAAGCCAAACAUUGGAUAAUAUAGUUUCUUUUCUCUUC